AUGAAGUGUUUGAUUGUCCUCGUUGCCGUUCUGGCCGUGUCCUCGGCUCAAUUCUUCAACCAGGGCAAGCGAGGACCCGUCCGUCCUGCACCCGUUCGCGCAGCUGCACCCGUUCACGCAGCUGCACCCAAAGUUAAUGCUCCUAGAGCCUCCAGUAGUGAUCAGAGUGCCAAUGUUCUAAGAUACGACAACGACGUCAACCCUGAUGGUUCUUAUAGCUAUGCAUUGGAGACUGACAACGGUAUUUCACUCCAAGAGCAGGGUACCCCUAAAAACCUCGGCGGUAACCCUCCGGAAACUCCAGUUGUUGCAAGUGGAUCCUUCGCCUUCACCUCCCCUGAAGGAGUGCCUGUUGCUGUUAGCUACAUCGCUGACGAGAACGGAUUCCAGCCAAAUGGUGAUGUUCUGCCCGUUGCACCUCCCGUGCCCCCUCAAAUCCAGAGAGCUCUUGAAUGGCUCGCCAAAAACGCUCCCCCGCAGAAGAAGAAGUGAAGAUCAGUCGUUGCUAAAUUGUAUGUCACAAGUACCUAAAACAGUCACAUGUAAAUACGGAACUAAAAAUAAUUUUAAGUAUCCAACAAAUUGUAAAACACUA